UGUUCUUCGAAAGUUAAAAAAAAAAUGAUAUGGUGAAGGGGGGAAUUAUAAUGUCUCUAUAUAAAUGAACUAUUUUUUCUGCGUAAUAACACCAGUCAUAAUAUACGUCUUACUAAACGUAAUAAUAGUCAAAAUGGUUCUAUCCAUGGAUCGUUGGAUUGGAAAAGUGGCAAUAGUUACCGGUGCCGGUGCUGGAAUGGGAGCAGCCAUAAGCAGAGCGCUUGUUGAACAUGGAUUACAGGUUGCAGCUCUCGCCAGGAGAGAAGACCGACUAGCUGAGCUGGCCAAAAAACUGUCCGGCGAAAAAGGCAAACUCUCCCCCAUCAAGACCGACGUCUCCAACGAGGAGGAGAUCCUAAAGGCCUUUAAAUGGAUAAAAGAAAACCUGGGACCCAUCCAUAUUCUCAUCAACAACGCCGGUGUCGGCCUUCCAAACACCAAUGCUAUAGACGGGGAUACCGAAUUAUGGAAAAAAGUUUUCGGUGUAAAUGUUUUCGGACUCUGCAUUGCUACAAAGGAAGCCAUCAGGGACAUGAAAGCCAACGGCGUGGACGGUCACAUAAUACACGUCAACAGCAUCCUGGGCCAUCAGGUCUUGAAUUUUCCAGGAGCGGGCAUAUACCCUUCGACGAAGUACGCAGUGACUGCUUUGGCCGAAAUACUUAGAAUGGAGCUGGGCCGCGAAAAGUUGAAAAUAAAAAUCACGAGUCUUAGCCCUGGACUAGUCGACACUGAAAUACUAGAAGUUUCCAAAUUUACAGAAAAUCCAGUGUACAAAAUAAUAAAAGAGGAAAAACGAAUACUGGAUGCCGAAGACAUAGCCGAGAGCGUUGUCUAUGUUCUUUCUACACCUCCCCAUGUGCAGGUUGCAGCUCUGGCGCGAAGAAAAGACCGUUUGGAGGAACUACAGAAGAAAGUCUCGAACCAAAAGGGAAAGUUACAUCCAGUCGUUACCGACAUAUCCAAAGAAGAAGACAUCUUAACCGCCUUCAAAUGGAUCAAGGAAAACUUGGGCCCUGUACACAUUCUAGUCAACAACGCCGGUAUUUUCCCAUAUAACCAACCGCUGUGCGAUGGUGACGCCGAAGCCUGGAGAAAAACCUUUGAGGUCAACGUGCUGGGGCUGAGCAUCGCCACAAGGGAGGCCGUCAGAGACAUGAGAGCCAACAACGUGGAUGGGCACAUCAUCCAUAUUAACAGUGUUAUGGGUCAUCAAGUGUAUAACUACGAGAAUCUAAGUGUGUAUCCUGCUACAAAAUUCGCUGUUAGGGCUCUGGCAGAGACACUGAGGCUGGAACUCCUAUCCAUGAAGUCGAAAAUCAAAAUUACGAAUAUUAGUCCCGGACUUGUGGACACUGAGAUAAUAACAUCUGAGGCGAGACAAAACCCUGUAUUUAAAACAAUUAUGGAGGAAAGAUUGAUUCUUGAUUCGGAAGACAUCGCAGAUGGCGUGGUAUACGCUUUAUCCACACCACCUCACGUACAGGUUCAGCAAUUGACUAUCAGACCAGUUAUUGAGCCAUUUUGAACAAAAACGAAAUGACGACGGGAAGAUGCAGAUCAUUUUAAUCAUAUAUAUUGUGUGGAGAAUGGCUAUAGAAUUAUCAUUUUAAUUUUUUAUAUGUUAAAGAAUGACUUGUCGGAAAUAAAUGCAUUAAUUU